AAUAAAUAGGAGGUGUUUCCUAAAGUUGCGCUACGAUCAGCUGAUGAGUUAAAAUUUUUUGCGGCUUACUGCAGUGCAUCUUCUUUCAGACAUUUUCAUGCAUUCCAAGUCCCUAAUAAAUUUAAAUUUGCCUCGAUGUAGAGUGACCAUUUUGCUUGGAAAGUUGAUGUAUACAAUGUGCAGUCAAUUGCUCGGAACUAUAUAUCAUAUGAUUUACAGUGGAUAGUAAAGGUUAGGAAUUAGAUUUAGGGUUUUCAUCACAAACUGACAUCAACAUUGGUGCCAAAAUUCUAAUUCGGUAAAUGGAUGGGUGAAUUUCGCGUAGAACUUUCUAUUGGAUUAAUCCAAUACUUGUCAUCGUAAAUCUGAUUAGUUUGUCCAAAAAUCAUAGUCUCGCCGCUUUUUAAUAUUUGUGUGCAUGAAGUCUUCUGAUUUCCUUGAUGAUUUUCUGGACAUAAGUUCUAUUUUAUCCACUUGAUACGCUGCGACGGACGGUUCCAAAUAAUUAUAAUCCCUUGUAAUCUGAUAUCUCUCAUAAUUUAGUUCUUAGUUUUUCCUGUAGGUCUUUAAAACGAACUUUUUGGAUAUGUCUGCUUUAUGGUAAGUUCAGACUUUCAGAAAAGCGAUGGUUGAAGCUUUGUGGUUCUAACCGCUUCCACUGAUUUUAGAAAUUCAGUCGAGCCAUGUAUGUACAAAUAUCUGCAGGGUUUUUCUAAAUUUCGGACGACAAAAGUUUUCUCCUUCCAAGUUCAAGAUUUAUUUUCAACGGUUUAGUUAUAUGUCGUGUUGUCUGUUUGUUAGGUUCUUGGGAAAUGCGUUUGUUCCUCAAUUUGUUUCUUAACAGCCUUUGGCUUCCUGUCUUGUUCUCGACAUUAAGAUAGUUAGCCAGUUUUCUACUGGUUAAUCAUAGACACUGCAAAUAACUCUGAUAAACACAGUCUAAUAAUAUUAGUUGUUGUUCUUAGAAAGCAGCUUUUUAUGGUAUAUUUGGCUUGAAUAAUCCCCGUAAUUUCUUACAUCAGAUGUGAUUCAAUGGGAAAUUAGUAAAUUUUUACAGGCUUAUAGGGAAAUCAGAAUUUGUAUAAUAUCUGAAAGGUUUUGUCGUUUUGGGGCUCACAUUUUUCAUUCUUCAGUGAAAUUAAUUUUUAAUGAUUUUACAUAACUCUGUACAACAAAAUGUGACUAGUAACUCUUGGUUUAAAAAAAUGUUAUUGAUUUUACUUUAGAAAUACUGAUGUAGCCGUUUUCCCGACGUGAAUGCUGUUCCAAACUAUGAGGAAACCUGAAGAUCAUCUGCUGAUCAGUGGAAAACAAAUUUAUCCCACGGGUUCAAAUAACCUGUUGAGGCUUGCUUGCAACUCAUGGAUCGAACCUAUAGAGAUAUGCAAAUUUUCUAAAGUAAAUACAAGUAUGGAGACUACUUCCGAAGCUAAACCUUCUGAUUCAAUCACAUUGGUUCCAGAAGGGGAUAGGAGUGUAUCGACAGAAUCUUUAACAAAUGAGGAUAACGAUUGGGAUAUAGUUGGUGACGACUUGUUAUUAGAUAUUACCGAGGAGGAUGUUUCACGGUUGGUUGAUAUAUUUCCUGGAGCAUGUAAAUUUGAAUAUGGAAAUGGAGAAAACUCUGUGUUCUACGGACGUUGUAAACGUUGUUCCGAUCGUCUGAAACCAAAUAAUGCUUUCCUGGAUCAUUAUGAUGCUUGUUUUUAUUGUAUUAAUUGUCAUCAGUUACAAGAAGCAAUUAUUCCUCGUAAUCUUAUAAUGAAUUGGGAUUUUUCACUGAAACCAGUUUGUCAAAUUACACAUCAAUUUCUUAGUGCGUUACAUAAUAGACCAGUGAUAAAUUUAGCUAAAUUAAAUCCUAUUCUUUAUGCUACUAUACCGAAUUUAUAUUUAAUUAGACAACUUCGACGUACUUUAGUUUUGUUAUGGGAUCAAAUAAUUAGAUGUGAUGGUAAAACAGCUGAAAAACUAUGUGAAUGUAUGGAUGGUCGAAUGUAUAUGCUACAAAAUAUCAAUGAUAUUGAUAUAUAUUCAAUUGAGGAUUUAAUACUUGUACAAUCUUCAAAAUUAGAGGAACUACUUAAAAAUACCAUUCAAGAUGUUGCUUUAGCACACGUACGUACAUGUAAAGCGUGUAGACGAAGAGCGUUAAUCUGUGAUUUUUGUGGUGACUUAAAUAAACCUAUAUGGACACAUGAAUUUACUACUUAUAAACGAUGUAUCAAUCCAGGUUGUUCAAAUGUGAUGCAUAUUGAUUGUUUGUUAAUGAUGGUUACAGAUUUAAUAUCUAACGUAGAUUGUUGUUUUCAACGUCAAUCCACUACAAUCCCUUUAAAAGAUUAUUCUCAAUUAAAAUUUUCUGAUAUACAAUGUAGAACAUGUAAAGAAUAUUGUACAUUAUUUUCUAGAAAUAAUCAAACUAUUGGACAUUAUGCUGAUCCAUUUUGUUUACCUAAAAUAGAUUCGUAAAAAAACAAAUAUACAUUUGUGUAUUUAUAUGAACAAUGGACUAUCUUUCUAUAUAAUUAAGUUUAUUAUAUAUACCUCUUGUUUUGUAGAAGGAAAUAAUGUCUAAUUCAUAAUGAACGGAAUACACCCAUUAAGACAUUAAAUAAAAAAGAUUAGUUCAUAAUGAACAUCUUGUAAUGUAUUGUGUUUUUUGUUACAUUACUUUAUACUUCUUUGAAGUAUAUUCUUAAUUAUCACUUUAAUACUUUGUAUACUUAUUCAUAUUUCACACAAUAUGUAAUAUUUAAUUAUAUUUCUUUAGAUGUAAAACAAUCUGUGAUCUGUAAACAUAAACUUUUGAUUACUG